AUGAUUAAUGAUAAUGAUGAUGAUGUACCUUUAUUAAAUGAUAAUGAUGAUAAUGAACAAUUCAUAACAGCAGAAGAUAGUCAACCAAAUGUUGAAGCAGUUUUUGUCGUUACUUUUGAUGUUAAAUAUGGUAAUAUAAUUGAAUUUCAAAUGCCAGAAAAAGAACAUAUGUUACUAAGUGGUGUGGAAUAUAAAGCAAUACCAAGUGGAUCCCAUCAUAUUAAUCAAGAUUUUGUAUAUUUUCGUCAUGAAAAUAAAUAUGGAUUGGCUUGUUUAGCUCGAGCAGAUAUUACAAAUGAUGAUGAUGGAUCAGCUUUGUCAGUAAUCGAUCAAUCACAGCGUGGUAUGCGGAUUAAAUCUGUUGGUAUUUUAACUUCAUCUAUUAUACAUAUUCAAUCAUAUCUUUCUCUUUUACAAACUGAAGCUAGAAUUUAUCUGAGUCAAGCAUCAGCCAAUUAUGAUGGUUUAAAACGACUUCUUAUAAGACAGGAACAACCAAUAUCAGUUCCUGCUUCUAUUUAUGACUCUUUAUUCGCUCAAUUUAUUCAACAAUUUGGUGCAUCUGUCUUUCCACUUUCAAGGUUAAUCCUGCUUGGCAAACGUAUUUUAUUUUACUCACGUUCACCUAUUGGACCUCUUUGUAAUGCAGUUUAUUUUACUCAUAUUAUUAAUCAAUCGGUAAAUCCACUUUUUUUAAUCACUAUUGCGGAUUUAUCAAUGCUCAAUAAUGAACAAUCUUAUAUUGGUUGUACAACAGAAAGAAUUUUUAAAGAAAAAACACAUAUUUAUGAUGUAUUUAUUGAUUGUGAUAAUCAAAUUGUUUUCCAUACAAAUGAUUCAAUUUUACAGUCCAUUGUUAAAAUAACACGUCACGAUUAUAAUCGCUUAAAAAAGACCUUGACUUUGAAUUCUUUUAUUAAUAUUGGUAAUCAUUUAUCUCGAUUAUUGAAUCAAUUAUCUCAAUCAAAUGAUAAUAAACAAAUGACUAAAGAAAAUUUUCAUUCUAUUGAUCUUCAUCAACAUUAUGAUCGUUUAUUUCUUAAUGAAUAUAUUCGAAUACAUCAUAUUCCAAAUGUGACUAUAAUAACAGAAAUUUAUCCUGAUAAUGUUAAUUCAACUUCAUCAACAUUACAAUGUCGUAUACAAUAUCUUGACGAUGUCGACCCAUUUUCAAGUGUCAAUUUACCAGAACCAGCUCGACCUCCGUCCUUUACAUUUUUGACAUCAACUAUUUUAAGCAAUCAAUUACAGAGUGUACAUAAAGUUCUUAACGCACCCCAUCAAAUUUCUGAUUGUACACUUCAAUUAUGUCGACAAGAUGGAACUAAAACUGAAUUUGGACCAUAUCUUGAAUUAGAUCAAACAUUAGAUGAACAACGUGAAGAUAUUGAAAGUUUUACAGAAGGAUAUAAAUGGUCAAUUGUUCUUCGUACACAACUUAAUGUUCGAGUUCAAGCUUGUAUAGAUAAAUUACUGAAUUCAGAUGGACGUGAAUUACGAAGAUCAUUAUUUUCAUUAAAACAAAUUUUUCAAGAUGAUAAAGAUCUUGUACAUGAAUUUGUUAAUAACCAAGGUUUACAAUGUUUAAUUAAAAUUGGUGGUGCAGCUGAUCAAAAUUAUCAAAAUUAUAUUUUACGAGCACUUGGUCAAUUAAUGUUAUAUGUUGAUGGAAUGAAUGCUGUUAUAAAUCAAAAUGAAGUUACUCAAUGGCUUUAUUCAUUAGUAGAAUCAAGUUUUCGACUUGUUGUAAAAACAAGUUUAAAACUUUUAAUUGUAUUUGCUGAAUAUACUGAAUCGAAUGUUGCAUUAAUCAUAUCAGCUGUAACACAAGUUGAUCGAUCAGCUAAACGUUUAUUAUGGUCAAAUGCAAUGAAAAUAUUAAAUGAAAUGGAUAAUUCAUCAUCAGAAGUUGUUUUAUUAAUUAUUACAUUAUUUAAUACAGUUUUAUCAGCUAUAUCUGAUCAAGAUACGUUUUAUGAUAUGACCGAUGCAUUAGAAGAACAAGGAAUGCAACGAUGUACACAAUUUUUUCUAAAUAGAAAACCAGCUGAAGCUGAUCUUAUUGAACAAUUUCAUAUUUAUGAUGCUGCUCUUCGACGUGAAGAUGGUGAAGAUGAUGCAACAAUUGUUCAAUCAAUAAGAUCUCCAUCCUUAUCCAAUAUCUAUGAAAAUCUUAUCUGGAGGUGUACACCACGUAUAAAAUCUACAUUUGAUCGUAUAUCAUCACGUCGUUAUUCAUCUGUUGAUUCAAAUUGUUCAUAUGAUAAUCAGCAAGAAUCUAGAAUAAUUUCUAAUAAUAAUAAUCAAGAUAUUUGUCAAAAUCAUUUGAAUUUAACCGAUUCAACAUUGCCACAAUAUGAUAAUGUGAUCAUGUCAUCGAAUGAACAAGAUGAUUCAACCGUAUCAUUCAAUGUUGAUAUAGAUGAUGAUGAUAAUGAUGAGCGAAAAACACGAGUUAAAAGUAUGAUUGAUAAUCGUCAAAGUAUUCGACGAAGUUCAUCGCAUACAUACCAACCUACGAUUUCAUCGUUUCAAAAAAAAGAACAAGAAAUAUCAAAACCAUUACCAGAUAGUACGGUUCUUCGUCGAAUGCAAAAUCGAUGGGAAACAGAAAUUUUGCAUCGUGAAGUACCUCGAACAACACGAAUUGAACGUAAUCGUGAUCGUUGGGAAACAACAAAUGAUGAUCAAAUUCCAUUAUCUGAUACAAAUCAAUCAACAAUGCCUCAACAGAUAAAACCAUUAACAUCCGUUGAUAGUCAUAUCGUUCCGUCCAGUUGUUUUACACGUUCGUCAUGUAAUAUUGAGUCUAUCUCACCUCCACCUUCUCAUGCAAAUGAAACACAAGUGUUUACACGAGCUGUAUUUACUCAUCAAAAAAAUUCAAAUAGUAAUGGUACAGUUGAAACAUUAGCACGUCAAAUAGGUAUAUCAACAAUGAAUGGUAAUGAUACAUCAUUAACAAAUGGUCAACCAACUGUAUUUGUAAAAGAUACUAAAGUAAUACCAUCAUCUGAACUUAUUGGUGCAGUUACAAGAGCAAAAGAUGGUUUACAAGCAGCAGUAACAGCUAAAACACCUCAAAUUUCAGCAACAUGUUUUGUUUUUCCUGGUCCAUUACCUGAUACAUUAGUAUCAAAACCUCUAUCAGAUAAUGAUCUUCAAUGGGACUAUGUUGUUAGCAAAGUAUCAGAUCGUAAAUUACGUGUACAAGAUCUGGAUUUCGAAGAACUGGAUGAACAAGAUGAUAUAGCCAUUAUGACUAUCGCUGCUAAUCGAGGGGGACCACCUCCACCACCACCAAUGAUGAAUGGAAAUGGAUUUCCUCCUCCACCAAUGACAGGAUGUCCUCCUCCUCCUCCUCCUCCUCCACCACCACCACCACCACCACCGCCUCCUCCAUCGAUAGGAUGCCCACCUCCACCUCCACUUCUACCACGAGGCAUGGGACCUUCACCGUUAACCAUAAGCAAUGGUAAUAUAGGUGGAGACUCAUCAUCAUCAAAUAAUAAAUCAGUAAAAACUAUACGUUUACAUUGGCGUGACGCAGCUCCAAAUACAAUGUUAACAGCACCCGGAUCAAAUGAUUCUCUUUGGACAUCAUUGAAUAAAAUAAAAUUAGAUACCGACAAAUUAGCACACUUAUUCGAAUUGAAACAAGCUGAAGUUAAAGUAAAGAAAACUGGUGAUGUAAAAAAAGAAAUAACUGUACUCGAUCCAAAACGUUCAAAUGCAAUUAAUAUCGGUCUAACAGUUUUACCAACAGCUCGAACAAUCAAAGCAGCUAUUUUAAAAAUGGAUAGUAGUGUUAUAAAUAAAGAAGGCAUUGAGAAAUUAUUAACAAUGCUUCCAACAGAAGAAGAAAAAAAUCGUAUAAUAGAAGCUCAAAUGGCUAAUAGUGAUAUACCAUUAGGCAAUGCUGAACAUUUUUUAUUAACAAUUGGAGCUGUUGUUGAAUUAGAAGCUCGUUUAAAAUUAUGGUUAUUUAAACUUGAUUUUGAUAAUAUUGAAUUGGAAAUUGCUGAACCAUUAAUGGAUUUAAAAAAUGGAAUGAGAAAUUUAAAAGAGAAUAUAACAUUUCGACGUAUACUUGAAAUUCUUCUUGCUGUUGGUAAUUUUCUUAAUGGAGCUGAAUCAAUCGGUUUUCAACUUGAUUAUCUUGCUAAAGUUCCAGAAGUUAAAGAUACUAUUCAAAAACAUUCAUUAUUAUUUCAUGUGUGCAAUAUUGUCGUUGAAAAAUAUCCUGAUACAAGUGAUUUCUAUUCAGAAAUUGGUGAAAUAACACGAUGUUCAAAAAUUGAUUUUGAUGAACUUGAACAAAAAUUAAAUAAACUUGAAAAUGAUUGUCGUGCAGCAUUUGAAUAUUUAAGAGCUAUUAGUAAACAUGAAACAUUACAAAUAAAAACAAAAGUUGAUGUUAAGAUUCAUGGUAAAUUGUAUUAUAUCACACUGGCAGAAUUUCUUACUGAUUGUGCUGAACGUGUUUGUUUAUUAAGAGUUAUAUAUAAUCGUGUAUUAAAUCGUUUUCGAAGAUUUCUUCUUUGGCUUGGUUAUCCUCUAAGUGCAAUACAAGAAACAAAAAUAACACAAUUUUGUAAAAUUCUUAGUGAAUUUGCACUUGAAUAUCGAACAACACGUGAACGUAUAACAACACAAAAACAGAAAAAACAAAAUCGUGGUGAACGAAAUAAAACAAGAGGCAAAUUAAUAACUGAGAUUAUUUCAGAAAAAGGCAAUCCAUUUAAAGAUGUUCUAUUGAAUGGUUUUCGAACGGAUGAUGAAUCUAGUUCUUGUUAUCAAUCAGUAAAAGAAAAAAAUUCUUCAUCAACUAUUUCACAUAAUUACGAUACAAAAUCAUCAUCAUCACCUUCUAUCUCAGAUAAAAAUUCAAAACAACAAUUAAAUCAAAAAAAUGUUCAACCAAAUAUGUUAAGUGAUCUAGCAGCUGUAGUAAGAAGUACAUCAAAAGAUGGUCAAAUUAUGCCUGGUCAUCGAUUACGACAAAAAGCAUCUACAAAUAAUUUACAAAAAUCAUCCACAUCAAAUACAUCAACAGUAAAUGGAAUACAAUCGACUAAAUCCAAUGACACUGAAGGAUUUGAUACAAGUGAUGAAUUACUUGAUACUCUUGUUAAAAAUGCUGCGUUAACAACAACAAAAGAUGUUAUAAAACAACGUCGUAUAGCUCGAUAUGCCCAACGGCAAUCAUUACGACGAACACUUCAAAUAAAUUUGAAUGACGACGAGCAAGCUCAAGUAUUUGGUGCUGGGAAAAACUAA